CUGGCGGGGCUGCGCGGGGCAGCUGGGCUGUCUCCCGGGCUUUCCCGGCCCCCCUCCCGCCUCGCGCCCCUUCCCGCCGCUGGUCCCCAAGUCCGGCCCCAGUCUGCCCUCCCCCAGGUGGCCCCGGCGCGUGGCCGCGGCCCACAGGUCCAAGGGAUGCUGCUCUCCUGGCCCUGCUACCACUGAAGCGCUCAGGGGUCCCUGGAAAGCCGACCUGAGUGCAGAAACCACGAGCCAUGAGUCCUCUGAGGCUGCGAGGGUCUCUCUCGUUGCUGCUGCUGCUGCUGGGUGGCUGCCUCCUCGAGGGCGCCGGGAGAAACCAGGGGGCGGCCGGCAGCGCGGUCGAGUCGGCCCCGGGCCCCGCGGGCGGCUCCUCCGGUCGCUUCGUCAGCCCCGAGCGGCACGCGUGCAGCUGGCAGCUCCUGCCGCCCGCCCCAGGGCCCGCGGCGGGCAGCGAGCUGGCGCUGCGCUGCCAGGGCCCGGACGGGGCGCGCCACCAGUGUGCCUACCGCGGGGAUCCGGGGCGCUGCCCGGUCUAUGCCGCCCGCCGCUCGCACUACUGGAAGCAGGUGCUGGGUGGGCUGCGCAGGAAGCGGCGGCCCUGCCACGACCCCGCGCCGCUCAAGGCCCGCCUGUGCGCGGGCAAGAAGGGCCAGGGCGCGGAGCUGCGCCUGGUGCCCCAUGCAUCCCCAUUCGUCAGCCCAACUGGGGCGGGCUUUCCCCGGGAUCCCAAGCUCUGGGCCAGGAGCCGGGGGCAGCCCCGAGAGGCCGCGCGCGGCCCCGCCGCAGGGGCCCUGCCUCCCCCGAACGCGCCGCCCAAAGGGAAGCCCUUUGAGAAGACCAAAGGAGGCAAGAGAAAGGCUGCCUGGGACCCAGACGAGGGGCGACCUCUGGGGACCCGGCCCGAUCCCGACGAGCUGGACGAGAACGCGAAGCUCACGGAGACCUACUGUGCUGAGAAGUGGCAUUCCCUCUGCAACUUCUUUGUCAAUUUCUGGAAUGGCUGA